AAUCGUGGAAACAUGGACUCCUUCACCACCCCCAUGAGAACUUCGGACUUUGUUUUAGCCCCAAGGGCCUUUGAAAAACCGCGGAGAAAGCGCUACAGCAGCGAGAGUUCCGAGGAGGAGGAGGGGAGACUGAGGGGAGCCCUUUGGCCCAGCCAUUGAUGGAACCCGAAACCCGGCUGCUUGUGAGGCACCGCGAGGAGCGUGAUGGCCUCUUGUUGUCCACCCCCCUAGAGGUGGAAGGCGAUCGCAGCUCGGGGGAGUCACUCCUGGACAAGAUGAACGGAAAAGACAAAGCUCAGCUCGACGAUGCCUUUCUAGAGGACCCGGAGACCCUGGACAGCGUUGCACCAAGCAGCAAAGAUGAACCGGCCCCACCUUGUUUUUGCUCAACGCCGAUACAAAAUGUUGACGAGGACUCCGAGGAUGACGGCUAUGAGGAGUUUAGGAGGAGGCUUGGCAUGGAACUGACUGAGCCAGUGCCACGUCGUGAGCGUAAAAAAGUCAUGCGGACUAUUGUACGCGUUGCUGUUUAUGCUGUUCUUAAUCACUGUCUCAGGGAAAAGCUUUUUGAAGAUUGUGAGGGCUGUGUCAUAGAUGCACCAGGCCAGUGGCACCAUGACUGUGUGACUUGGACUUCAGUGGAUAUAAACUGCAAGCUCCGGGGCUUGUGUGCUGAGCUGUGUUUGGAAAGCUUAUUAAACACUGUUAUUGCCAUAGGUUAUGUUAUGCAAUGUCUGUGCCUAACCCAAGAACAUUUAGCACAAAUGGUGACCUUGAUAAAUGCUGUGCAAUUCAGUGGAGACCCUGACCAUGUUUUAAAAAAAGUGACCAAACCGGAAGAUGCCUGCUUAGAGCGUUAUAUUGACCGUCUGGUCCGCACAAAAAGUUAUAGAACCCUGCUUAAGAAAAAGGCUAUUUGUAAGAAAUCUAAAAGGAUUAAGUUAGAAAAUGGUGAGGGGCCAAACAUGCGAUAUAAAACUUGGUAGCUGUAAAUUA